ACAUCUGUCAUGCACUUUUGGAAAUGUUCGCCUGGUCGGAAGUUUGAGAAAUAAUGUAAAGACUGCAGUCAAUAUUCAAGAUCUUGCCGCUGGAAUUAAUAAGAGGAGAGUUAUACAAAAAUUGGCAUAUCAUUAUCAACGUAAAGGUUGGAAAGUAUGUCUAGUAUGUGCUGAUACAUUUCGUGCUGGUACAUUUGAUCAAUUGAAACAAAAUGUUACUAAAGUAUAUUGGAAGGUUCGUUAUUACACUGAAACUGAUCCUGUUCAAAUAGCCCAUGAAGGCGUUGAAAAUUUUAAAAAGGAGGGUUUUGAAAUAAUUAUUGUAGAUACUUCUGGGAGACAUAAACAAGAAACUGAAUUAUUUUGA